GUUCAGCUUCCCGGAAGCGCCGCCACUUCCGGCGCCGCCAUCAUGGCGAAACUGCUCAGCUGCGUCCUGGGCCCGCGGCUCUACCGCGUCCAUCGGCCCCGCGCUCCCGGCGCGGCCGGGGGGGGCCCCGGGGGGGCCGCAGGGAGGAACGGAGCCGGCAGCGAGCGCGGGGAGCCGGCCUGGGACUCCUAUUAUCAACCGCGGGGGCUGGAGAAGCACACGGACAGUGUCCUGGCGCUGGCCUCGGUGCUCUGGUCCAUCUCGUACUACGCCUCCCCCUUGGCCGUGUUCUACCUGUACCGCAAAGGGGGGAACGGGGGGUUUUGGGGUCUCUGGAUGGUUUAA